AUGUCGUCGGGCAAGGUCAAGGCUGGUGCGCUCUGGGGCAAGAACAAGGAUGAUUUGACAAAGCAGCUCGCUGAGCUCAAGACCGAGCUUGGUCAACUCCGCAUCCAGAAGGUCGCCUCUUCUGGCUCCAAGCUGAACAGGAUUCAUGACAUCCGCAAGUCGAUCGCCCGUGUCCUGACCGUUAUCAACGCCAAGCAAAGGGCUCAGCUUCGACUCUUCUACAAGAACAAGAAGUACGCCCCUCUCGACCUCCGACCCAAGCAGACUCGUGCCAUCCGCCGCCGACUAUCACCCGAGGAGAAGUCCCGUGUCCUCGAGAAGACCAAGAAGCGCACUGUUCACUUCCCUCAGCGCAAGUUCGCCAUCAAGGUACGAUGA